AUGGGUGCUACUAUCACACAGCGUAAGCUUGCUAAGUCGUCCAUAAAGUCUCAGCUCAGCUCAGCAAGAAAGAGAUCGCCGUUCAAGUUGGCAGACUCAGAGCCACGCACAGUCCAGGCACCAGGAGAUGCUAAUUGGAUCGACAUUGAUCUUAACUUCAGCACACAGGACGGAGACUUGAUUGACAACUGUGCUGGAACAAACUACGAAGGCCAUGGACAUCCCGAUGAGCUCAGUCCAUGCUCGAACGGUCAGACCAACGGGAUCGCCCGGGACAACCAUACAUACGAUGCCAUCGUCGUAGGUGGCGGUCAAGCUGGGCUGGGUGCAGCUGGCCAUCUCAAAGCCGUUGGCUGCGAUUACAUCCUCUUUGACGACAGACCCAAGAUCGGCGACUCCUGGGCACAUCGCUAUGACUCUGCCAAGUGGCACACAGGCAGAGAGCUGGGUAAUUUACCAUUCGAUCGAACCUUCACCGCAGAGGACCCCGAACUUAUUCCCAUCAAGCGCAUCGGUUCUGCGUAUAAAGCGUGGACCCAGAGACACAGCAUCAACGUGCAAGAGGGCAGCCGCGUCGACAAAGCCACAUGGGACGAAUCCACCCAAAUCUGGACAGUGCAGACCUCUGGCAGCCAUGGUACACAGCAAUGGAAAUCUUUCAAUCUCAUAACAGCCUUGGGCGUUGGCUGCUCCGCUCCCAUCUUGCCACAAUGGGCCACCACCCCCAGAAUCGCCACCAGCAACUACAAGGGCACAAUGACCCAGUCCGCCAACUACCACAAACGUCAACGCCUUCGCCGACAAACCCUUUUUCCGCGGAAUCCCGAAGACAUGGCCGACAUCGGGAUGCACACAACCAUGGUGCAACGCUCUCCCACUUUCGUCUUGCCUGGUGAAUGGCUCGUGGCAAUCAAUGCAGCAGAGUACAAUCUCGACAAACCCAUUGCUGUCUCCGACCGGCCGUAUUACACACACCCUCUCAAGAUCGGACGGGAAAUGGCGAAUCGCGGGGUUCACACGGGGAUCGAACACUCCCCUGAGAAAUUCGAUGAUUUGGAGAAGGCAGGGUUCAAACUGGAUCGAUACGGUGAUCUUUUCCAGCAUAUUACGGUUCGGCUUGGUGGGCAUUACGUUGAUAUCGGGAACUGCGCGAGGAUUGUCAAGGGUGAGGUUAAGAUGAAGGGUGAAGCGGUCGAAUGUCUUACUGAGCGGGGACUGCGGUUUGUAGACGGCUCCGAGCUGGAGGCGGAUAUCAUUGUGCUGUGCACUGGGUUUGAUAGGGAUUAUCGCAAAGCUGCCGCAGCUAUAGUCGGUGAAGGGGUGGCGGAGCAGAUGGAUGGUUACGGCGGUCCGGACAAGGAAGGUGAGAUAAGAGGGAUGGCGAAGUUGGCGGGACAUCCGCAUUUGUUCUACGUGGGAGGUGAUGUUAAGGCUGCGCGGUUCUUGAGUAGAUUUCUGGCUCUACAGCUGCAGAAGAGGAAUUUUGGUGGGGAACUUGAGCCUUAUCUCGAGGGAAAGUAG